AUGCCAGUCAAGAAGGGUCAAGUCAGGGCUGUGCCGCUGGCGAUACCGGAGCCCGGCGCGGACGCUGCAGAGAGAAAGCGAGUCCUCAAUGUGCUCGCGCAAAGGCGGUAUCGACAAAAGCGAAAGGAGCACAUCCGCAAACUGGAAGCGAAAGCUUCCGUUGCUGACCAGCCGCACGAGGCGCCGCAGCUCGACAGCUUCAACGACCCACCUGCACCACCAGAGUUGGAUGACCAAGCAGCCAGCGAUAUCCAGCAGCCGCAGUGUCCGUUCGCAGCAGCGCACCUUUACCCAUUUGACGACGGUCCGGUCUUGCCGAAUGAUCUCAACCUGGCAGCACCAACGCUUGUCUCUCCUGGGGACCCAUUCAGUAACCUGCUUCCCGAGGACCAAGGGCUGUGGGACACGUCGAUCCUGUUGCCCUCGCUACCAAGCACACCGCUGUCCACCUCCAAGCAUUCGUCUUCGGGCGAAAGCGAGACAUGGUCGUUGACACCUCCUGCAGUGGCGAAGAGCCCCCCAGAGUGGCAGGCUAUAUCGCAGCCGCCGGAUUUUGCAGCCGGUGACAUGACAUAUUCCUUCCCCGACGAGGCAUAUCUGGAAAUGACCGAACUCACCUUGCUCCGGGGAUUCAUGGCGAUUGCCAGGCGGUUGAACGUUCACGACGAGGUCUGGUCACUCACUGCACAGUCGCCGUUUGCCAAUUCGGCGGCCGCCAUGGCAGAGUUCAAUCAUCUACCGGCGAACUUACGACCGAGCCUGCUGCAACUGACCGUGCCACAUCAUCCCAUCAUCGACUUGCUACCCUGGCCGUCAACACGCGACCGGAUGAUCAAGGUCCUGAUGCAGCCGCCCGAGUUUCGACCUCCGAGCGCGGCGUCGCCUAUGGCGUUGCUGGAUUUUGUGUACGACGUUGAAGACAGCGCGGAAGGCGUUAGAGUAUCCGGUGACGAUCCCUACUCGGCCAACAAUUGGGAAGUCGGGGAGAAGGUGUUCAAGUCGUGGUGGUGGGUAUUCGACAAGGAUAUCAUCAUGAGGAGCAACGAGCUGAGGGCGUCGAGAGGUGCGCCCCUGCUGGGUGGGAGUAUUCUGGGAGAGGUUGCAUGA